AGGCACAAUGCCUAUUCCAGGCCCCAGACCCAAACCUGGACCAAAACCAAAGCCUGUCCUGAAGCUCAGACCAUCAAGACCAACUGGCUCCUCCAGCUCCAUUCCAGAGACCAAUCCCAGAACUGGUUCAACUCCAGCCACCACCUCUAACCUUAGCCCAAAGACCACCAGUCCAAGCUCCAGGACUACCAGCUCCAGCCCUGGGAUUAGCUUUACCCCCAGUCCAGGCAGUCUCAGCAGAACCACACCAAGUCAAUCUCCAGCAAUCACAACCACCACUAGCUCUAGCUCAAAGAUCACCAGUUCAAGGAUCCGGUCAGGCUCUUUCAGCUCAAGUAUCAUCACACUAAGCCAUACUCCAGCAACCAAAACCACCACUAGCCCCAGCUCAAUGACCAGCUUCACUAGCCUCAGCUCAAGGACCACCAGUACCAGCAUAAGUCCUGAGACAAAGUCUGCACAACAUCCUGAACCCAGCUCAACAAUCCCCAGACUUAGCAUUAAGCCCAAACCCAGGCUAAAACCCAAACCAGACCAAAAGCCCAAACCAGGCCCAAGGCCUAUUCCAGGUCCAAGACCUGGACCAAAGCUUAAACCUGUCCUGAAGCCCAGAACUGCUCCAAAGCUCUGGCCCAAAACCACCACCCAAGGUCGAAGGACCACUUCCCCCACACCUAGCACCAAGACAUCUACUAGCUCAAGCCAAAGGACCAUGACUGACCCCAGCCCACAAAUGACCACAAGCCCUGGCUCAAGAACUACAAGACCUAACCAACAAACUACCCUCAGCUCUAGCUCAAAAAACAUAUUUAACACUAGCUGGAAAACAACCAUUAGCCCUGGCACAAUGACCACCACGUUCGCCAGUCUAAAAUGUAAGACCAGCUCAAGCCAACAGACUAGCAUAAGCCGUAGCCCCAAAACUACCACUACUAAACCCAUUCCAUUGGCCAACUCUACCCAUAGUCCUACUACCACCAACCCUGAGUCCACUACCCCCAGCCCCAUACCUGGGUCUUCCACCCCCAGUGUGAGAGAACUUCGUGUGAAGACCAGCCGGGUAUCUGCUAGUCUGAAUGACACAAAGGACACAAGUGGGGGGCCAAAGGUUUUACAAAGAGGGCACCCAAAGGUCCGUCCUGGGCUAAACCUGCUCAUGGAGAAGGACCAGGUAGGCAGCAAGACUGACAGAACAGGGAACCAGCCUCAAAGCCUUGCACAGAUUUCAUCAGGAGUUACCAUGGCACCCAGAGACUGCUCUGACCACAUGGCCAAGGGGGAGAGGAACAGCGGGGUCUACCAAGUGACCCCUGACCCUAAGAACGGAACCAUCGCAGUGUUCUGUGACAUGGAGUCUCAUGGCGGAGGGUGGACCGUCAUUCAGCUCCGUCAGGACGGCAGUGUGAACUUCAAUCGGACCUGGGCUGAAUACCGGACGGGCUUCGGUAACCUGAGGGCUGGGGAGUUCUGGCUGGGCAACGACCACAUCCACCUCCUGACUCGACACAGGGAGAUGGUCCUCAGGGUGGAGCUGGAGGACUUUAACAGAGCGAGGGAGUACGCAGAGUACAGGCUCUUCCGUGUGGCUGGCGAGCGGCUGCGGUACCGCCUGUCUGUGGGUGGGUACUCGGGCACGGCGGGAGAUGCACUUCAAUUCAGCAAGAGUUACGACCACAACAACAGGUUCUUUACGACUCCUGACAGGGACUAUGACCGCUACCCUUCAGGGAACUGUGGGGCCUACUAUGGCUCAGGCUGGUGGUUUGAUGCCUGCAUGGCUGCCAAUCUCAAUGGGAGAUAUUAUGUGGGAAAGUACAAAGGGGUGCGGAACGGGAUCUACUGGGGGACGUGGCAUAACAUAUCUACAGAGUACUACCCGACAAAUGACAGACAAUCUUUCAUGACUGUCAGAAUGAUGAUCAGGCCAAGAGGCUAUGCAAAGUGAGCUAGACGGCUGGCUCUUCAUUUGGCGUACUCAGCUGUUGUAAUUCUCAAACAGGGGGGCCGGGAAACCCUAUAAGGCCUCAGCAAUUUCAAUUCAAUUCAAUGGGUCCGCGACAAAAACAGGAAAAAAGUGAAUAAAUGCUCAAUAUUAAAAAUGUAUUUUUUUGGAGGAGCACUGUUUGAUAUGAAAAUGGAGACAUUCAGAUUGUACUGCUGUUUCAUAUUUUGGGUGUUUAUAAUGGCUGUUGUUUAACAAGCAGUUUGAAUAUAUUGUCUCUUAUUUACUCUUUGAAAUAUUAUAUCUCUGAUUCAGGUGGGUCAACCCCUACAUCUUGAUUUCUUGAUACAGUAUUUUUCAAUCGCUUUGGUGCUAUUUUCACAAGUAUGUGGUGAAUUUUCUAAAAUCUUAGU